AAGGCAGAACUCCAGACCAACACAGCUAUCUUGUGCAAGAAGUGGCAGUGAAAUCUUAACCUCCAAAAUGGUGCACAUAACACCAGAAGAAGCCCACACCAUCGGGGGCAUCUGGAAGGAGUUGGACAAGCAAACGACAACUGCCCUAGCCCUAGAAAGGGUGUUCACGGUCUAUCCCUGGACGACCAGGCUGUUUAGCAGCUUCAAACAUGAUUUCAAAGCCACCGGCAGUGGUGUCCAAGGUCAUGCAAAGAAAGUUGUAGGGGCUCUGAAUACGGCAGUCCUUCGCCUCGGUGACCUGGAAGCUGCCUUCCAUGAACUCAGCGAGAAACAUCAAACCAUCGGAGUGGACACUCAAAACUUCAAGCUUCUGGGCCAGACCUUCAUCGUUGAGCUCGCCAUUCACUUCAAAGGCAGGUUCACUCCCGAGGUUCAUGAAGCUGCAUAUAAGUUUUUCUUGGCAGUUGCAGGAGCUCUCUCCGCUCAAUACCAUUAGAUCUGCAUCCAUCUGCAUCCUCCACCAUCUUCAAGAAGUGCAAUGAGAACAUGCAUCCUUGCCUCAAUACACUCUGUGUGCUUAAUGAAUUUGUGUAACACCAGGUUCAAAUUAUGCUAAGAUAAAGGUGGUGCAAUAAUUCACUUUGUAUGGUAAUUUUGCCUGAAAUUUCAAUAAAACUUUCUUCUGCUUCAAUAAAGAAACAAUCUUUCCCUCA